CUGUCAUUUUAAAGAAUAAAAAAUACGUACAUUGUCGAAUCCCGUUUGUCAUAUGAUCACGGACGAAAAUGCUGCGAAAUUUAGUGAUUUUUUCUUUAUUCGUGGUGACAAUCCGUGCAACGGGUGAAUUCACCGUUUUGAGCACCCCAAAGUCUUUGUCAUUCAAGGGCAACGAACCACUUGCUAGUCAAUACAUAGGUGAUGUUGUCUAUGCCUCAUUGGGAAAUGCCGUUGCUGGAGACGCCCAAUGGUCGGCUUUGACCAUUGCUGAUCCCUUCAAUUUACCCAAAGUUGUGGUUGCAGCCUCUUUGAAUGGUGUAGCCCACUCCAAAGUUUCGGGGGCCGGAAAGAGCUACGAAAUUCAAGGCAAUUCAGUUAACGAAGCCUUGAACGGUGUCUCUGCUCAACUGGAGUCUGACAAUGAACCUGUCUGCGAUUUAGAUUUUGAAGAUUUCGAAGAAGGUGUUGCCACAUUCAAGAGUGUAUUUGGUGAUGCUGCCAAGGUUGACUCUGUUGAGAAAACCAAAUAUUUGAAUCCUGAAUUACAUUCAGCUGACAAGCAAUUUGUCCAAACUAUUGCCUAUGUCAAUGCUGCUGCUGAUAACCUGCCCAAUAUGCAAAAAUCAUGUAACUUUGUUUCCUUGCGUUUGUCAGCUGAUUCGGUAGCUAAAGCUCAUGGUGAAAAAUCAGAAGCUAUGGAUGAAGCCUUGGAUCUCUUCACUAGCGCUGUAAAAAAGUUGAAUAGUGCAGCACAGAAGGCUAACAACAAUGAAGCUUUGGUUUUAGCCAUUGUCAAUAAGUCGGAUAAGUCUCGUGCCAAACGUGACACACCUGAUCCAGCCACGGACUACAAUCUGGCUGAAUACUAUAACGAAGACUAUCCAGUGAUCUUUAACAUCAUCUUAUGGUUUAUGGUUGUAUUCGGUUUUGCUUUGUUGGCCAUCUGCUAUGCCAUUGGCUCCAUGGAUCCUGGUCGCGAUUCGAUCAUUUAUCGCAUGACUUCAACCAGAAUGAAGAAGGACAACUAAAUUGUCAUAGAGAGAAUAUUCCAUCACUAUUCAUAUAUUUCCUAUAUAUGUUAAAGUUAGCACACAAAAAGAAAGGCUGUUUUUAAUCUUCUUUCAGGUGUUUCCACUAAUCACUUCAGAUGAUGAUCGAACGAUCUAUGCUUUACUUUUUCUAAAAAUUUUAAAUCAAUUUCCAUAAAAUAAAGUUGUCAACAGCAAACAUAAGACAUCUAUAUUAUAAUAACAACAAACAAAAAACAACAACAACAAUAAUACAAAAAUUGUAGCAUAAUAAACAAUUAUUCGUUUAAGUUAUAAAAUUCAUAUAUAAGUAUUAAUUGUACGCAAGAAAAUUAUUAUAUAUACAUAUAGAAAUAUUAAACAAAUAUGGGGUCUUUUCUGAUGUAUUAUUAAUUAUUGUUUUUUUUCUUCUUAGCUACCAGAAUUUGUUAUUACCUUUUGUGUAAAUUUAUUCCAAUACCCAAAUAAUUUUGAUUUAAUUUGUUUUAUUUUUUUUUCUUUUUAAAUGAACUAAUUAAACAAAAAAAAAUCUACUUAAAAACCAAAUGCGUGUGUUCUAAUUACGACCUACAUUCAACACAAAUAUCCUAAAAUGUUUAUGUACAAUUGCAUUAAUACAAGAAGGAAACAAA